GGCGGGCCCGGCCUGACCCGCUCUCUCUCCCUCCAGUUCGUGGAGAGCGACGAUGACGAGGAGCUUCUGUUCAACGUCCCGUUUACGGGCACCGUGAAAUUAAAAGGAGUGAUUGUGAUGGGGGAAGACGACGGGACCCAUCCAGCAGAGAUGAGACUGUUCAGGAACAUUCCUCACAUGUCCUUUGAUGACGCAGCCAAGGAAGCAGAGCAGACGUUCAGCCUGAACCGGGAUCCGGCGGGCGAGCUGGAGUAUCCCACCAAAAUUGCCCGUUUCUCCAACGUUCACCACCUCUCCAUGCACUUCCCGAAGAACUUUGGAGCAGAGACAACGAAGAUUUUUUAUAUAGGCCUGAAAGGAGAGUGGAUGGAGGCUCAUCGCCACGAAGUCACCAUCUGCAGUUACGAAGCGUCAGCAAACCCCGCGGACCACCAGGUGGAACAGUUCACUCCCCAGACUCACUUCAUCUCCUGA